ACUCUCUCCACAUAUAAUACAGAUUUUCCCGCCAGAGAGAAAAACAGAGAAAGAUGCUGGAGGCGAAGAGUCUGAGAAAGGCGGUGGUGCCGUCCACUCUUAUCCCCAAUCCAUCUCCGGCAAAUCUCCAGUCCUCUCGCCUCGCCCUCUAUGUCUCCGAUGACGUUUCCUCUUGUUUCGUUUACAUCGCUUCCGGCUGCCACAUUUACAAACUCCAGAUUCCAUUGGACGAUUCUUCGGUCAGUAAAGGAAAAGAAAGUCUUCUCAUUCCUAUGUAUACCGAGGUUACAGACUCUUCGAUGGUUAAUCGAUGCCCACAUCGUUCAGAAAUUCAGAGUAUAGUGCUUGCAGAAAGUGAGAGAACUGGAUAUGUAAUGUUGGGAAGUGUGGAUUCCCACGGUGACCUCAUUGUGUCUAAAUUAGAUACUAAUGGUAAAGAUGUUGAUAGGCUUACAUAUACAGCAUCACCACGUGAUCGUGGUAUAGGAGAAAGUAGUUGGGCUGGACUGUGCUUUAGUCCAAACCAAUGGUCUAUGGCAGCUGUAGCACGUGGCUUUUGUAAAACUGUUGAUAUUUUUGAUCAGGACAUCCAUGUCCAAACUUUUCGUACGCUCUUGUAUCCAUCAGCACUGAGCUUCAUGCAUAAUUCUUGUAAUGUGAGUGGAAGUUCUAUUUUAGCUGUUGCUGAAGGUUGCCAGCUGACAUUAUGGGACUUGCGAAUGAAAGAAAAUGGUGGUUGCCUGCAACGGAUUUGUGGCCCUGUUGGUGAUAUAUAUUAUGCAGUCUGCAGUUCAUCAACUGGUAAUGUUGCAGUUGGUGGAGCUGAUCGUACUGUGACUAUCUAUGAUCCUCGCAAAUGGUCAGCAUUAUCUAGAUGGGUUCACUGCUCAAAAUACGAGAUAACUGGACUUGCUUUCUCAUCAAAUGAUCCUGACUACAUCUAUAUACAAGGAGUUGAUUACGAGGUGCUUUGUGGUGAUUGGAAAACAAGCAAUAAGAUUUUCUCAUUUAGAGGAGAUUCAAACUGGCUUGGCUUUAGCAAGUGCCACAACAGAGAUAUUCUGGGUGGUUGGUGCGAUUCGGGCAGCAUUUUUGUGGCUGAUGUUAUAGCUAAGCAGAGCGAGAUAUGAAAGCUUUGUCAAUUGAUCCUCCUCCUGCUACUCUGUUAAAUCUUCUACAUAUCAGCAAGUUGUCAUUUGUAGAUUUCACCCCAAAUCAAACAAUGAGGAACGAAAUGAUAGUGAAUUCCACAUGUUAAUAUAGUCGAGAAAUUGACUUUCCAUGUUGAUUUUUACAUAGAAGUAAUUGACUGUUAACCUUUACCACCUCACAGGAAAGUCCAAUAAGGCCUGAUCUGAUGUUCUCACAUAAGCUUCUUAACUUAACCAUGUAUGGCUCUUAUCAAAUUCAAAAGCCAUUUUCUUGUUCCUUUUAUUUUUAUUCUUCUAUUUUUCUUGUUACAAGCAUGGUUUCUUUGAGCCAGUACUACUUAGGCCAAUGUAAUGGGCUGUUGUUAAGCUUCACUUCAUGUUUUA